CCGCCGUUUACUUACCAAACAUCCUCGAUACGCCUCGAAACAACCCCGAAACUCUCGUAGACGUAUUACUGGCUGUGACAGCCACCCCCUAGCAAGAUGUCGGGCCUCUUCGGGAGCAGCGCUUCAACAUCAACUACUUCCAACACGAUCGGUGACCUGAAGAAUGACGUCCCAGUAUCGAACCCACCCGAAGACACAGUCUCCGACCUCGCCUUUUCUCCUAGUCAAGACAUCCUCGCAGUUUCCAGUUGGGACAAGAAAGUCCGCAUAUACCAGAUCGCUUCUAAUGGCUCUAGUGAAGGGAAGCACAUGUAUGAGCACGACGCUCCUGUCCUCAGCGUGGAUUUCUCCAAGGAUGGCAACAAAAUCGCUUCUGCCGGCGCAGACAAGCAGGCAAAGGUAUGCGACCUACAGACGCUACAGACGGCGCAAGUAGCCGCGCACGACCAGACAGUCCGCUGCGCGCGCUUCUUCGAGUUGCCGAACUCCAGCGGCCCGAUGCUGGUGACGGGCUCGUGGGACAAGACCGUCAAGUACUGGGAUCUACGGCAGAGUACGCCGGUCGGCUCCGUGACGUGCCAGGAGCGUGUAUACUCCAUGGACGUACGCAACUCGCUGCUGGUCAUCGGCACCGCGGACCGAUACAUCAAUGUCAUCAACCUCCAGGAUCCCCUUAAGUUCUACAAGACUCUGCAAAGCCCACUGAAGUGGCAGACUCGAGUCGUUAGCUGUUUCACCGACGCCACCGGUUUUGCUAUUGGCAGUAUCGAGGGCCGUUGCGCUAUUCAGUACGUGGAAGACAAGGAUUCAGGAUCCAAUUUCUCCUUCAAAUGUCACCGCGAUCCUCCUCAAGGUAACACAACACAAGUGUACUCCGUGAACGACAUCUCGUUCCACCCGCAGCACGGCACCUUCUCUACCGCCGGCAGCGAUGGCACGUUCCACUUCUGGGACAAGGACGCGAAGCACCGGCUGAAGGGGUACCCGACGGUAGGCGGGAGCAUCACAGCGACGACGUUCAACUCCGGGGGUACUAUCUUCGCGUACGCCGUCGGCUAUGACUGGAGCAAGGGCUACAUGGCCAAUAAUCAGGGCUACCCCAACAAGGUCAUGCUCCACCCCAUCCAGGGCGACGAGUGCAAGCCCAGGCCCAGCGUCAAGAAGCGAUAGAACAGCCGUGGCGCCGGUCGGGGGGUUAAGGAGGAGAACCGCGUGGACGCGGACGGGGACACUAUCAUGACAUCUUCUUGCCGGGCGGGAGCUGCAGCCCUCGGCGGGGCUGCGCAGUCGAAACCGGGACGGACAUCUUCGCUUUGGUCGAUUUGUAACUAGGUUUCUUAAGUUACGUAAUGCGCGCGUGCCGGGCUUAGCCGGGAAGGAGGAAGGCGUGGAAGUUUUUUGAUAGUUGUUGAGAGUGGUAGUUGACUGGGUGGUCAGGUGGUGGUGGUGGUGGUGGUGGUGGUUAGAUGGUCAUAGGAUAGCAACGGGGAACUUACUUCCCUAAGCUAAAAGGCUAUGCCGCAGAAAUGAAACAAUUAGAAUCAACUUGGAAUGUUUGAGUGGGGUAAGCGAAGGUGAAAAUGAUACCUUACUGCUCCUGUUUCCUAGAUGCAUAAGUUAGCAGGAUGCCUAUAGGCCAUUUUGUUAAGAUUGUAGUCAAUUCCCUAC